AUGCGCCUGCAAUCCCUUCUGCUGCUCUGCAUGGCUCUGCUGGUUCUGGCGGAGCCUGGACUGACUCCCAUUGACGACCGAGAAAACUGGGUCGGCCAAGCCUGCGGAUACAUUGACACCGUGCGAUGGGCCGGCUUCAAGAAGGUGCCUCGAAAGGACACCACUGGUGCUGGAGCUCUGCAAAAGUGCAAGAGUGCUCCCUACCUGACCUCAGUGGCUCUGUGUGGAGAGGCCAACUUCCCUGGCAACUGGCAUCGAAUCUACAAGGUCGUUGACUCAGUGGCCCUGCAAGCCUGUCGAAAGUACAACCUGGAUGUCACCUCGGAUCAGGUGAGGGCCAUGUACCAAAACUAUUCCAAACUGGCCAUCCCCAUUCCGCGUGUUAACAAGACUGCCAUGCAGACCAAGCCUAUCGGCUUCAACCAGACGUGGUUUGACGAAAAGUACCCGUCUAUCCGAGUCUAUCAACACAACCUGGACCUUGGUCAGUAUUACGGAAAUGGAAUGACUGCCUGGUGGGCUCUCAUUCUCGUCAUUGGUAUCGCUAUCAAUGUCUUCCGAACCGUCUUGUUCCCCCAGUAUCUCCGAUGGACCUCGAAUUCCAACAUUCUGCGGCGACAACUCUCUCUGCCGGCAACCUUUGGCUACAAGCACUCCCAGCCUCUGCAGACUAUGUGGGGCUUUGUAUCUUGGUGUUGUCCCACUCGAGUCCAGUCUCUGGUCAUCCUGGCCUACCUCGCCAUGUGUCUGAUUCUCUGUUGUGUAUCGUACGAGGCCAUGGACUCGACAACUAGAUGGAAGAAGCGAUCUACCCAAAUACAGAGAUACAUCGGAGACAGAACCGGCAUUAUGGCUUUCACCCAACUCCCCAUUCUGUUCCUGUUUGCAGGAAGAAACAACUUUCUCAUCUACCUGACUGGUUGGUCCUAUUCCACCUUCAAUGUCUACCAUAGAUGGAUUGGUCGAGUCAUGGUUACUUUGGCCUUUGUCCACUCCGUUGCCUUCACUAUCAACUCCCUCAAGGCACUGACCUUUUACUAUUCCUUCCCUUUUAUGCGAUGGGGUGUUGUGGCCACCACCAUUGGCGCUCUCAUGUGCUUCCAGGGCCUCCACUUCUUCCGAUCCCACUGGUAUGAGUUUUUCCUCGUCUUCCACAUUCUGCUGGCCGUCUUCUUCACUAUCGGAGUCUGGAGACACUGCCGAACCCUGGGUUGGAUGGAGUAUGUCUACGCCGCCGUGGCCGUCUGGGGUUUUGACAGACUAGUCCGAGUUAUCAGAAUCUUUGCUUCUGGCCUCGGCACGGCUACCAUGACCAUGGCUGACCCCUCUCUUGGUAUUGUCAAGGUCGACAUUUCCUACAGCAAGCUGUGGAAGGUCAAGCCCGGUCAUCACGUGUUCCUGUAUGUGCUCAACGGUAUCCGACCCUGGGAAUCCCACCCAUUCACCGUAUUCCAGACUUGUGAAGCUGCCGCAAACGGAAACAUGUCCAUCAUGUUCAGAGCAAAGGAAGGUAAGACUUACAACCUGUUCAACAAGCUCAAGGACUCCAAAACUGGGCAGUUCAAGGUGCUCAUCGAGGGUCCCUACGGACACCACCUGCCGAUUGCCAAGUACGACUCUCAGAUCUUAAUUGCUGGAGGUAUUGGUAUCACUGCCAUGUACUCGUAUGCUUCUGAAUGUGUUCGAAGAUCAAGUGGCUCAUCUGGUACCCUCAACUUCAACUGGAUUGUGCGAUCUGACUCGUGCCUCACCUGGUUCCAUGACGAACUUGCCCUUCUCUUGUCUGAUUCUCGAGUCACUGUCAACCUGUACGUGACCAACACCCGAGGCGACUUUGAGUCAGAUCAAUCUUCCAUCGAGUCCAAGAACGAAAAGGACUUAUCCGACUCCCCUGGUCCCACUCCCUUCGAGAACACAAAUCUCAACGUAAUUCAGGGCCGGCCCAAUUACGUCUCUGAUUUGCGUCGAAUGCUGGAAGAGGCUCCUGGCUCCACUGCUGUCUCCGUCUGUGGUCCCCCUAAGAUGAACGACGACGUCCGAUUGGCCGUCCGAAAGAACCUGGAUGUCAAGACCGACAGAAUCGAUUACUUCGAAGAAGCCUUCUGUUGGUAG